UGUUUGAAUGCUAUGAUUUGAUUGUGAUCAGUCGUUGGGUCUGCAUUCCCUUGAUGUGGCUUAGUACAAUCUUUCCGUGCCCUUUGUUUCUUAACAAAGUAACUAGUGGCAGCACAAACUUAGCAUGCGAUGUUUCGUCCAGUCUUCAAUUUUGUGUGUGUUCUGUAGCAAUCGAAGACCAAGGAAGUAGUUGGUGUACCGAGGCCUCACUUUACUAGUUGCCCAAUUUUGCUUUCCACAUUAUGGAGAAGGUGAAGUAUCCUAACAAGCCAAAAAGGCCUAGCAGUGCCUUCUUCAUCUUCAUGGAAGAGUUCAGGAAGCAGUAUAAGCAGAAACACCCGCAUAUCAAAUCCGUUGCUGCUGUUGGUAAAGCUGGGGGAGACAAGUGGAAGUCAUUGUCCGAUGCUGAGAAAGCUCCUUAUGUAGCCAAGGCUGAUGAAAGGAAGGCUGAGUACGAGAAGGACAUGAAAGCUUACCACAAAAGAAGGGCUGAAGGUACCAAAGAAGGUGCAGAGGAGUCUAAGAAGUCUAGGUCUGAGUUGAUCAUUAAAGAGGAAGACCAUGAAGGCAGUGAUGAGGAGGAGGAUGACAAUUUUGCUUUCCGCAUUAUGGAGAAGGUGAAGUAUCCUAACAAGCCAAAAAGGCCUAGCAGUGCCUUCUUCAUCUUCAUGGAAGAGUUCAGGAAGCAGUAUAAGCAGAAACACCCGCAAAUCAAAUCCGUUGCUGCUGUUGGCAAAGCUGGGGGAGACAAGUGGAAGUCAUUGUCCGAUGCUGAGAAAGCUCCUUACGUAGCCAAGGCUGAUGAAAGGAAGGCCAAGUACGAGAAGGACAUGAAAGCAUACCACAAAAGAAGGGCUGAAGGUACCAAAGAAGGUGCAGAGGAGUCUAAGAAGUCUAGGUCUGAGUUGAUCAUUAAAGAGGAAGACCAUGAAGGCAGUGAUGGGGAGGAGGAUGACAAUUUGGUUUUCCGCAUUAUGGAGGAAGUGGAGCAUCCUAGCAAGCCUCAAAGGCCUAGCAAUGCCUUCUUCGUCUUCAUGGAAGAGUUCGGGAAGCAGUAUAAGCUGAAACACCCUCAUAUCAAAUCCAUUGUUGCUGUUUUCAAAGCUGGGGUAGACAAGUGGAGGUCAUUGUCCGAUGCUGAGAAAGCUCCUUAUGUAGCCGAGGCCGACGAAAGGAAGGCCAAGUACGAGAAGGAUAUGAAAGCUUACAACAAAAGAUGGGCUGAAGGAGGAGGAUUACAAUUUUGUCUUCUGCAUUAUGGAGAAAGUGGAGGAUCCUAACGAGCCUAAAAGGCCUAGCAGUGCCUUCUUCGUCUUCAGGGAAGAGUUCGGGAAGCAGUAUAAGCAGAAACGCCCUCAUAUCAAAUCCGUUGCUGCUGUUUGCAAAGCUGGGAUAGACAAGUGGUGGU